AUUUUAGAGGUCGCGUCAAAGUGUGGGUUUAACCAAAGUAUAAUUAUUGUUGUUAUAACACUAUGAUGUGAUCAAGUGGCCUUAAGCGAUUAGUACAAGAAUUACACGGUUAUUCGAAAGCAUAUGAGAGCAUCGAUCGCCUGCCCACCUUCAAUAGAAUCCAGGGGCAGCGUUCACAAUCUUCAGCUGGACAUCAUGGAUGACAUUGUCCAAACACGGAAGGUUAGAAUGAAGAUGUGGAACACCAGCAAUGGAAAAGUGUGCGAAUUGCAACAUUUGGACGAAACUGGGGACGUGCAGGCCGUGCAGAGGUACACCAGCAACGUUGCUAGGAGAUUUUCGGACUUCGUAGGUACAACUCUCGCACCUAUUCCAAGUAUGAGUAAGCGCAGAGCCUCAGAGCGUCCCCAGCCGUUUACAUCAGGAACAAAAGAAGCUUCGUCCGGCAUCGUAUGCAUCAACACAGACCCGAUCUUCCAUUCACUUUCGACAUCAGCUACGGAGAUCAACCAAUGUGAGAAGGAGCAGGAGGACAAAGAUAAACCAAGUACAUCGCGACGACGAGGUCAACUGAAAAACAAAAGAUCCAACACCUUCGACGUAUCCAUCCUCCAGCAGAAGCUUAGCACCAUGGAGGCCAUGUCGAUUCCCACACCUUCCAACUGGUGCACGAAGAGGCACCAGCCUACGAGGGGUGAUAUAAUUAAAGCAGCGGUAUCUAGCCAGAAAGACAGGAAACCAGGAAAGGCGAUGUGGGACGACAAAACUAGGUCGCUGGUAGAUCCGCAAGGUCUCGGAAGCGCCAUUGAGGUGUUUUUAAGGAAAACCUCACCGUCUGACUCUGACAAUGUUACUAAUACCUCCCCAACGAAAAGCCUCUCGAGAAUAAUCAGCAAAGGAGCUGCACCAGGGAGGUCCAAGACGUGGUGCUGCAAAGGGCGUCGUGAAAGAGGGCUUGAUGCACCUAGGGAAAAUAAAAAUCUAUAUAACUCAUGCACAAAAGGAAUUACAAUUAAACUCCAGAUUAAAAAAGUUUGUUAUUUAUAAAACUCAUAAUAUGCUGUUAUAUCGUUUUAAUGGUUAAGCUGGUAAUUGUGUUGCCUUUGUCAGUAUUGAAAAAUGUAUUGUACCAAAGCAUAUCUUUGUAUUUUCCAACAAAAUUUUAAAUAAAAAGUACUAACUAGAUGGCGUUUCUCUUUUCGAUUCCAUUUCUGGUGCUGGCUGAACAGCUGAUGUUGAAGGACAUGGUUCUGAAAAUCAAAAAGGUCUCAAUUAAUCAUAAACAUUUGUCUACAAGAAUUACACUAUACUCAAAACAAAUUAUAUCGAGACAAAUAAAUGGAAAACCCGUAGGUAAAGAAAAAAUACAAAAUACUCAACACAAUAUGCUGUCUUUUUUUUUUGUCUCAAUUUGGGUGAAAGUUACAUAGCG